CGCCCCCUGUAGUCUCCUGACUGUGGACCGCUCCUCUCUCCUCUCAGCCCGCCCUGAGCCUCGUCUCUACCGUCUCUCUCUCUCUUCCGUCUCCAUUUUCUUCCUCCCUGACUACUGAAGAAGCAGAGCGCUAAAGACUCGGACAAAAUGAAUGAAGAAUACGACGUGAUCGUCCUGGGCACCGGGCUGACGGAAUGCAUUUUAUCAGGCAUCAUGUCAGUGAAGGGGAAGAAGGUUCUGCACAUGGACCGCAACUCCUACUACGGAGCUGAGAGUGCCUCCAUCACGCCUCUUGAAGAUCUCUACAAGCGCUUCGGGCUUCCGGGCAAACCUCCAGAGUCGAUGGGAAAAGGCCGGGAUUGGAACGUGGACCUCAUCCCUAAAUUCCUGAUGGCCAACGGUCAGCUGGUGCGCAUGCUGCUGCUCACAAAAGUGACCCAGUACCUGGAUUUUAAAGUGAUUGAUGGCAGCUUUGUGUACAAGGCGGGCAAAAUCCAUAAAGUUCCCUCUACUGAGGCCGAGGCUCUGUCAUCUGGUCUGAUGGGGUUGUUUGAGAAACGGCGCUUCAGAAGCUUCCUUCAGUUCAUCGCCAACUUUGACGAGGCCAACCCCAAAACCAUGGAACAAAUCGACCCCCAAAAGACGAAUAUGAAGGCCGUUUUCGAGAAGUUUAAACUGGGCCAGGACGUCAUGGACUUCACCGGCCACUCCCUCGCCCUCUAUCGUACAGACGAUUACCUGAAUGAACCCUGCAUUGAGACGAUAAACAGGAUCAAGCUUUACAGUGAGUCUCUGGCCAGAUAUGGCAAGAGCCCAUACCUCUACCCGCUGUACGGCCUGGGAGAACUGCCACAAGGGUUUGCCAGGCUGAGCGCCAUCUACGGCGGGACGUAUAUGCUGAACAAGCCCAUUGACGAGAUCGUGGUGGAGAACGGGAAGGUGGUGGGAGUCAAGUCUGAGGGAGAGAUCGCUAAGUGCAAGCAGCUGAUCUGCGACCCCAGCUACGCUAAGGAUUGCGCCAAAAAAGUGGGUCAGGUGAUCAGAGUCAUCUGCAUCUUGAAUCACACCAUCGCCAACACUGGUGACGUCAACUCUUGCCAGAUUAUCAUCCCCCAGACUCAGGUCAAGAGGAAUCAUGACAUCUACGUUUGUAUGAUCUCCUCUGCUCACAAUGUGGCAGCACAAGGUAAAUACAUCGCCAUUGCCAGCACCACAGUGGAGACGAACGACCCCGAGCAAGAGAUCAAGCCGGCCCUGGACCUGCUGGCGCCCAUCGAGCAGAAGUUUGUCCACAUUAGUGACCAGUAUGCGCCCACUGACAUGGGCACUGAGAGCCAGAUUUUCAUCUCCCGCACAUACGACCCCACGACUCACUUCGAGACCACCUGCGACGACAUCAAAGACAUCUACCAGAGGAUGACGGGCGCAGAAUUUGACUUUGCCGAGAUGGAGCGCAAGAAGAAGGACACCUUCGGCGACGCCGCAGAGUAGAGGCCGCCGGGCGUUUAGCGACACUCCGGAUCAUCAAAGACGACGACGCUGCCGACAACAACUGAAAUCUUACACAACAAAAAAAAAAAAUAGAAAACCUACAUAAAAAUGUACACACCGAUGGGCCGGCUGAUCAUCCGAGUAAAAAUGGUCUGCCCAUUGAGGAAGUUGAUGAUAUUUAGAGAGAUAUGAUAUAGUAUUGUUGGAUAGGGUUCAGGGAGGGAGCUCUGCUUUUUUUUUUUUUAAUCACACACACACAGAUGGAUGUUGCACUAAACACUGGUUAUGCCUAAUAUACAGUAAUAUACCCUACAUUCUUCUGCUUCAUCAUGGUAAGAGGAUGCAUAGUCCAAAGAUGCCAAAUCAAAUGAUGAUUCAUAAUCAAUAGUAUCUUAUAUGUGUCGAGGGGAGGGGGAGGGGUGUCCAAUUGUUCUGUCAUUUAAAAGGCGUUUGGGAGAUAAAUAAUAUCUAUACAUCAGUUUAUUGGUCUCUGCAAGUAUUUCUUCAUGUCAAGGUGAGAGAGGUGGCUUGGCUCUGUGCGUCAGAGUUGAAUUAUGUGUGGCGGAGUGUUCCUCGCUGGGCGUGGCGAGCACAUUCAGGCCCAGCAACAGCAGAUGGCCGUGUGAGGCGUCACCUCAGCCGUCAGCCAUUAAAGUGGGUUUGGGGUGUGUGGGCUUGAUGUUUCUGUUUUUUUUAAACCCCUUUUCCUGUCUCAUCUCCAGUACAGCCAGACGCAUACUAUAUAAGCCAAGCCACAAAGGGACGGCGGCCGUAGUCCAGCAUAAAACCACCCCAACCUAUUUUCAACAGCUUGAGUUCCUGUAAUGCAUCAGAUCAGAUAUAUUAUUAGUUCCUGUAUCAUGCAAAGUGAUGGAAGACCCAAGCAUAUUAAGAGCAGAUUAAUGGGGAAGUGUGGUUGACUGUAAUUGCUUAAGAAGGACCAAAAUGUGUACUGCAGCAGUAUUGAAUUGAUGAGAGCCCGGUGAUAUAUCUUCUGUCUUGGAACAACUUUAAAUAAAAAAAAAAACAUCUUGGGCUCAAAUGAUUUCUGUACUGCAAAGUAAAAACAACUUUGUCAAAAACUGAA